AUGGUGGUAUCCCCCAAAAAUGAAAAUAUAACCACCAUGAAGAUCCCCACUGCUGCAGGAUUUGUUACAUUAAUGCUGUUCUGUUUAGUCCAUGCGGAAAUCUGCCCUCUGUCCUGUAUCUGUAAGCCACUCGGAGAAAUGAAGGGCUGGCUAGUAGACUGCAGCUCAAAGGGACUGAAGGAAGUGCCUGCCCUCUCUGUCAGCACCAGGAAACUUUAUCUACAGAAUAACAGCAUGACCACAGUUCGUGCUGGCGCAUUUGACAACUUACGUAACCUAGAGGAAGUGAAUGUGUCCGACAAUCCCUGGAAUUGUGACUGUGACAUUCUGUAUCUCAAACUCUGGCUGGAGGACUUCUCCGAAUCUUCUAUUGCUAACGUCAUCUGUGCAACCCCAGCUUCCAAUGAGAGGAAGCCUUUGAGCCAGUUGAGUGGGAAUGAGCUGGACAGCUGCAGGAAAUCCCUCCCAAUUAAAUGCCUCGAUUUCUUUUGGCGAGACCUCGCUUUGAUCACUUUUGCAGUACUUGUACUUAUUUUAACAUUAUGUGCCCUGAGGUUCUCCAAAAAGCUAGCCUACCAGGUUACCACAAGAGAUUAUUAUUCUGCUGUCCCGCGGCUGCAGAAGUAUAACCUAGAAAAUUACAUGUCAUAAUGAGAUGUUGCUGUCACCAAUAGCUUUUCACAGAAAUGCCAAACUAACCUAAUACAAAGGAUACCCGUCUUAACUAUUACUGGCUAUGUGAGUGUAAGUGUACUCGAGAUGGGUGCCGCGUCACAAAGUUUGGGGGGGGGAGAAGUUUGUAUGAAGAUCCAGUAUUCAGAUCCAAGGUUUUGGUUGGAGGCCACCUCUAAAAUGCACUUAAAUUUACUUACUGGCAAGUCAGUAUAAGUUAUUUUAAUAUUACAUUCUCUAAAUAUCUAAGGAAAGUAGUUAGGAAAUUUUACUUGUCCAGUCUUUGAUUUUUGAAGAAUUAAUUUCCCAUUUUUACCAAUGAAAUCCCAGCUCUUCUAGCACAAGGCUAUUUACAGUCUACUGCCAGCUAGUUUCUGGUGGAUUUUGAUUGCACUAUUGUUACUAAUUUAGACUCUGAUCCUACAGCUGACUGCACCCCAUCAUGCAGGUGGAGUCCUAUUGACUUCAACAGCUGCACACUUGCACCUGCAGAGGAGAGGGCUGAAUUUGACAGCAUGCAGAGGUUCCCUUGGCAGCAGAACCAGUGUGGCUAUUGGGACCAGCCCUUGGAUUUAUCCCUUAAUAAAUAUGAUUUUAAGCUUCCUGAAAAUUAAUGUGCAUCCAUUAAGGAG